AUGACGCUGCUGGUUCAGGUGGAGGAAAGAGCCUGUGCUCAGUGUGGCCGGGGGUGGCCGGGGAAUGGAGGUGACCAGUGUCAGGGCCAGGUGGAGCUCCUGUACCAAGGCUGCUGGGACACCGUGUGUGACGACAGCUGGGACAGCCGGGAUGCAGACGUUGUUUGCCCGCAGCUCGGCUGUGGCCGUUCACUGCCGGCCAUGAGUGGGAUGCACCGGGACCCACCUGGUGGGACCCACCCUGCAGGUGGUGUGACCGUGAACGUGGCCACGGGGAGCACGCUGGAGUCGGGCGCUCAGAGGUCCAUCUCUGAUCCAGAAGAGGUGCAGAUGCUGUGUCUGAUCUGCCUUCUCUCUCUCCCAGCUGCCAGGCCCCAGUCCACGCUCCUGCCAGACUCCAACCAGGAGCUCCAGGCGGGGCGAGUGGACGUUCGCCACCUCUCAGUACCUGCCCUGGUCACUCUAGAGGAGUUAAGGCGGAAGCUCCGGUGGCCAGUCGCACUGGUGGCCGGUCGCAGGCAUACCAGGGACUUUCAUAACCAGGAAACUGCUCAGCCCCAGUCCACCGCCUGGCCCAGAACUGAAUCGGGAUUGGCCCUGAGGCUGGUGAAUGGAGGUGACAGGUGUCAGGGCCGAGUGGAGGUCCUGUACCGAGGCUCCUGGGGCACCGUGUGUGACGACAGCUGGGACACGAACGACGCCGACGUGGUCUGCAGGCAGCUGGGCUGUGGCCGGGCCUCGUCGGCCCCAGGAAGUGCCCGGUACGGUCAGGGCUCGGGGCCGAUCGUCCUGGAUGACGUGGGCUGCUCGGGGCACGAGCGCUACCUGUGGAGCUGCCCUCACAGGGGCUGGAACACACACAACUGUGGGCACGGCGAGGACGCUAGUGUUGUCUGCUCAGGAACUGAAUCGGGAUUGGCCCUGAGGCUGGUGAAUGGAGGUGACAGGUGUCAGGGCCGAGUGGAGGUCCUGUACCAAGGUUCCUGGGGCACCGUGUGUGACGACAGCUGGGACACGAACGACGCCGACGUGGUCUGCAGGCAGCUGGGCUGUGGCCGGGCCUCGUCGGCCCCAGGAAGUGCCCGGUACGGUCAGGGCUCGGGGCCGAUCGUCCUGGAUGACGUGGGCUGCUCGGGGCACGAGCGCUACCUGUGGAGCUGCCCUCACAGGGGCUGGAACACACACAACUGUGGGCACGGCGAGGACGCUAGUGUUGUCUGCUCAGCUGCCAUGCCCCAGUCCACGUCCCUGCCAGGUGAGAGCCCCAGGGGGGACGAUGCAUUUUCCCGUCUCCUUCCAGGAACUGAAUCGGGAUUGGCCCUGAGGCUGGUGAAUGGAGGUGACAGGUGUCAGGGCCGAGUGGAGGUCCUGUACCGAGGCUCCUGGGGCACCGUGUGUGACGACAGCUGGGACACGAACGACGCCGACGUGGUCUGCAGGCAGCUGGGCUGUGGCCGGGCCUCGUCGGCCCCAGGAAGUGCCCGGUACGGUCAGGGCUCGGGGCCGAUCGUCCUGGAUGACGUGGGCUGCUCGGGGCACGAGCGCUACCUGUGGAGCUGCCCUCACAGGGGCUGGAACACACACAACUGUGGGCACGGCGAGGACGCUAGUGUUGUCUGCUCAGGAACUGAAUCGGGAUUGGCCCUGAGGCUGGUGAAUGGAGGUGACAGGUGUCAGGGCCGAGUGGAGGUCCUGUACCGAGGCUCCUGGGGCACCGUGUGUGACGACAGCUGGGACAUCAACGACGCCGACGUGGUCUGCAGGCAGCUGGGCUGUGGCCGGGCCUCGUCGGCCCCAGGAAGUGCCCGGUACGGUCAGGGCUCGGGGCCGAUCGUCCUGGAUGACGUGGGCUGCUCGGGGCACGAGCGCUACCUGUGGAGCUGCCCUCACAGGGGCUGGAACACACACAACUGUGGGCACGGCGAGGACGCUAGUGUUGUCUGCUCAGCUGCCAGGCCGCAGUCCACGCUCCUGCCAGGUGAGGCCUGGAUUCUGAACCUUGUUCGGUCUACAGGACCUGUUCCUCUGGAAGACACAGGAGAGUGAUUUUCCCGUCUCCUUCCAGGAACUGAAUCGGGAUUGGCCCUGAGGCUGGUGAAUGGAGGUGACAGGUGUCAGGGCCGAGUGGAGGUCCUGUACCGAGGCUCCUGGGGCACCGUGUGUGACGACAGCUGGGACACGAACGACGCUGACGUGGUCUGCAGGCAGCUGGGCUGUGGCCGGGCCUCGUCGGCCCCAGGAAGUGCCCGGUACGGUCAGGGCUCGGGGCCGAUCGUCCUGGAUGACGUGGGCUGCUCGGGGCACGAGCGCUACCUGUGGAGCUGCCCUCACAGGGGCUGGAACACACACAACUGUGGACACGGCGAGGACGCUAGUGUUGUCUGCUCAGAAGGAUUGGCCCUGAGGCUGGUGAAUGGAGGUGACAGGUGUCAGGGCCGAGUGGAGGUCCUGUACCAAGGUUCCUGGGGCACCGUGUGUGACGACAGCUGGGACAUCAACGACGCCGACGUGGUCUGCAGGCAGCUGGGCUGUGGCCGGGCCUCGUCGGCCCCAGGAAGUGCCCGGUACGGUCAGGGCUCGGGGCCGAUCGUCCUGGAUGACGUGGGCUGCUCGGGGCACGAGCGCUACCUGUGGAGCUGCCCUCACAGGGGCUGGAACACACACAACUGUGGACACGGCGAGGACGCUAGUGUUGUCUGCUCAGGUUUGGCCCUGAGGCUGGUGAAUGGAGGUGACAGGUGUCAGGGCCGAGUGGAGGUCCUGUACCAAGGCUCCUGGGGCACCGUGUGUGACGACAGCUGGGACAUGAACGACGCCGACGUGGUCUGCAGGCAGCUGGGCUGUGGCCGGGCCUCGUCGGCCCCAGGAAGUGCCCGGUACGGUCAGGGCUCGGGGCCGAUCGUCCUGGAUGACGUGGGCUGCUCGGGGCACGAGCGCUACCUGUGGAGCUGCCCUCACAGGGGCUGGAACACACACAACUGUGGGCACGGCGAGGACGCUAGUGUUGUCUGCUCAGGAACUGAAUCGGGAUUGGCCCUGAGGCUGGUGAAUGGAGGUGACAGGUGUCAGGGCCGGGUGGAGGUCCUGUACCAAGGCUCCUGGGGGACCGUGUGUGACGACAGCUGGGACACGAACGACGCCGACGUGGUCUGCAGGCAGCUGGGCUGUGGCCGGGCCUCGUCGGCCCCAGGAAGUGCCCGGUACGGUCAGGGCUCGGGGCCGAUCGUCCUGGAUGACGUGGGCUGCUCGGGGCACGAGCGCUACCUGUGGAGCUGCCCUCACAGGGGCUGGAACACACACAACUGUGGGCACGGCGAGGACGCUAGUGUUGUCUGCUCAGCUGCCAGGCCCCAGUCCACGUCCCUGCCAGGUGAGUCCUGGCCUGUAGAGUUGGAUCCAGAAGUUCCAACACAGGAGAGUGCAUUUUCCCGUCUCCUUCCAGGAACUGAAUCGGGAUUGGCCCUGAGGCUGGUGAAUGGAGGUGACAGGUGUCAGGGCCGAGUGGAGGUCCUGUACCGAGGCUCCUGGGGCACCGUGUGUGACGACAGCUGGGACACGAACGACGCUGACGUGGUCUGCAGGCAGCUGGGCUGUGGCCGGGCCUCGUCGGCCCCAGGAAGUGCCCGGUACGGUCAGGGCUCGGGGCCGAUCGUCCUGGAUGACGUGGGCUGCUCGGGGCACGAGCGCUACCUGUGGAGCUGCCCUCACAGGGGCUGGAACACACACAACUGUGGACACGGCGAGGACGCUAGUGUUGUCUGCUCAGCUGCCAGGCCCCAGUCCACUGUCUCCCCGGAGCUUUGGGUGACAAGGAGGCCUGAGAGUGCAUUUUCCCGUCUCCUUCCAGGAACUGAAUCGGGAUUGGCCCUGAGGCUGGUGAAUGGAGGUGACAGGUGUCAGGGCCGAGUGGAGGUCCUGUACCGAGGCUCCUGGGGCACCGUGUGUGACGACAGCUGGGACACGAACGACGCCGACGUGGUCUGCAGGCAGCUGGGCUGUGGCCGGGCCUCGUCGGCCCCAGGAAGUGCCCGGUACGGUCAGGGCUCGGGGCCGAUCGUCCUGGAUGACGUGGGCUGCUCGGGGCACGAGCGCUACCUGUGGAGCUGCCCUCACAGGGGCUGGAACACACACAACUGUGGGCACGGCGAGGACGCUAGUGUUGUCUGCUCAGCUGCCAGGCCGCAGUCCACGCUCCUGCCAGGUGAGGCCUGGUGCCUCUUGACUCCGGGCUGUCCCCUCCCUCCCCAAGGACCUGAAUCAGGAUUGGCCCUGAGGCUGGUGAAUGGAGGUGACAGGUGUCAGGGCCGAGUGGAGGUCCUGUACCGAGGCUCCUGGGGCACCGUGUGUGACGACAGCUGGGACACGAACGACGCCGACGUGGUCUGCAGGCAGCUGGGCUGUGGCCGGGCCUCGUCGGCCCCAGGAAGUGCCCGGUACGGUCAGGGCUCGGGGCCGAUCGUCCUGGAUGACGUGGGCUGCUCGGGGCACGAGCGCUACCUGUGGAGCUGCCCUCACAGGGGCUGGAACACACACAACUGUGGACACGGCGAGGACGCUAGUGUUGUCUGCUCAGGCGCAGAAAUCAACUACACUACCCCAGGCCCAGAAAUCAAAUCCACUACCCCAGGAACUGAAUCAGGAUUGGCCCUGAGGCUGGUGAAUGGAGGUGACAGGUGUCAGGGCCGAGUGGAGGUCCUGUACCAAGGUUCCUGGGGCACCGUGUGUGACGACAGCUGGGACAUCAACGACGCCGACGUGGUCUGCAGGCAGCUGGGCUGUGGCCGGGCCUCGUCGGCCCCAGGAAGUGCCCGGUACGGUCAGGGCUCGGGGCCGAUCGUCCUGGAUGACGUGGGCUGCUCGGGGCACGAGCGCUACCUGUGGAGCUGCCCUCACAGGGGCUGGAACACACACAACUGUGGACACGGCGAGGACGCUAGUGUUGUCUGCUCAGCUGCCAGGCCGCAGUCCACGCUCCUGCCAGGUGAGGCCUGGGUUCUAUCAAACAGCCCCAGUGCAUUUUCCCGUCUCCUUCCAGGACCUGAAUCAGGAUUGGCCCUGAGGCUGGUGAAUGGAGGUGACAGGUGUCAGGGCCGAGUGGAGGUCCUGUACCGAGGCUCCUGGGGCACCGUGUGUGACGACAGCUGGGACACGAACGACGCCGACGUGGUCUGCAGGCAGCUGGGCUGUGGCCGGGCCUCGUCGGCCCCAGGAAGUGCCCGGUACGGUCAGGGCUCGGGGCCGAUCGUCCUGGAUGACGUGGGCUGCUCGGGGCACGAGCGCUACCUGUGGAGCUGCCCUCACAGGGGCUGGAACACACACAACUGUGGACACGGCGAGGACGCUAGUGUUGUCUGCUCAGGCGCAGAAAUCAACUACACUACCCCAGGCCCAGAAAUCAAAUCCACUACCCCAGGAACUGAAUCGGGAUUGGCCCUGAGGCUGGUGAAUGGAGGUGACAGGUGUCAGGGCCGAGUGGAGGUCCUGUACCAAGGUUCCUGGGGCACCGUGUGUGACGACAGCUGGGACAUCAACGACGCCGGCGUGGUCUGCAGGCAGCUGGGCUGUGGCCGGGCCUCGUCGGCCCCAGGAAGUGCCCGGUACGGUCAGGGCUCGGGGCCGAUCGUCCUGGAUGACGUGGGCUGCUCGGGGCACGAGCGCUACCUGUGGAGCUGCCCUCACAGGGGCUGGAACACACACAACUGUGGGCACGGCGAGGACGCUAGUGUUGUCUGCUCAGCUGCCAGGCCGCAGUCCACGCUCCUGCCAGGACCUGAAUCAGGAUUGGCCCUGAGGCUGGUGAAUGGAGGUGACAGGUGUCAGGGCCGAGUGGAGGUCCUGUACCGAGGCUCCUGGGGCACCGUGUGUGACGACAGCUGGGACACGAACGACGCCGACGUGGUCUGCAGGCAGCUGGGCUGUGGCCGGGCCUCGUCGGCCCCAGGAAGUGCCCGGUACGGUCAGGGCUCGGGGCCGAUCAUCCUGGAUGACGUGGGCUGCUCGGGGCACGAGCGCUACCUGUGGAGCUGCCCUCACAGGGGCUGGAACACACACAACUGUGGGCACGGCGAGGACGCUAGUGUUGUCUGCUCAGGUUGGUCUCACAUAAGCUGGCCUUAUCCUGUUUACAACCUCACCCGCCCAGCCACAAAUUAUUCCUGCGGAGGCUUCCUGUCUCAACCUUCAGGGAGCUUUUUCAGCCCAUUCUACCCUGGGAACUAUCCGAACAAUGCCAAGUGUGUGUGGGACAUUGAAGUUCAAAACAACUACCAUGUGACUGUGGUCUUCAGAGACGUCCAGCUUGAAGGCGGCUGUAACUACGAUUAUAUUGAAGUGUUUGACGGCCCUCACCACAGUUCCCCUCUGCUCGCCCGGGUUUGUGAUGGGGCAAGGGACUCCUUCACCUCGUCAUCCAACUUCAUGUCCAUUCGCUUCGUCAGCGAUGGCAGCGUCAAGAUGAGAGGGUUCCAGGCUGAAUACUACUCCAGACUUUCCACUGGGAGCACAAAGCUGCUUUGCCUGCAGAAUCACAUGCGAGCCAGUGUGAGCGUGAGCUACCUCCAGUCCCUGGGCUACUCUGCCAGAAACCUUGUCAUCGCCGGCUGGAACAGGAACUACUGGUGUCAGCCCCAGAUGACUUCGAGCCAGGUGACCUUCACAGUUCCCUACUCUGGCUGUGGCACCAUCCAGCAGGUGGAUAAUGAUACCAUCACCUACUCCAACUUCCUCAAAGCAGCUGUUUCGAGUGGCAUUAUCAGCAGGAGGAAAGACCUCCACAUUCACAUCAGCUGCAAAAUGCUCCAGAACACCUGGGUUAACACGAUGUACAUUGUUAAUGACACCCUCGAGGUCAAGAACAUACAAUACAGCAAUUUUGACGUGAACAUUUCCUUUUAUACAUCCUCUUCAUUCUUAUAUCCCGUGACCAGCAGCCCAUACUAUGUGGACCUGAACCAGGAUUUGUACCUUCAGGCUGAAAUCCUCCAUUCUAACGCCUCCCUGGCCUUAUUUGUGGACACCUGUGUGGCGUCACCAUCUCCCAAUGACUUUACAUCUUUGACUUAUGAUCUCAUCCGGAGCGGGUGUGUGAAGGAUGAAACCUACCGAUCCUACCGCCAGCCCUCGCCCAACGUCCUCCGCUUCAAGUUCAGUUCCUUCCACUUCCUGAGCCGCUUCCCCUCCGUGUACCUGCAGUGCAAGAUGGUCGUGUGCAGGGCGUACGACGCCUCGUCCCGCUGCAGCAGAGGCUGCAUCGUGAGGGCCAAGAGGGGCGUGGGCUCCUACCAGGAGAAGGUGGAUGUCGCCCUGGGACCCAUCCAGCUGCAGGUCCCGCAUGCUGAGAAGAGGAGCCUGGACCGGCCAGAGGUUGACCUGGAAGAGGAGGCCAGCGCCCAGGGGAGCUACCACAGUGCCACCAUCUUUGCUGGGGUCUUCCUGGUCGUGCUCUUGGCUGUAGCAGCCUUCACACUGGGGAGAAGCACCCGUGCUGCCCAUGGCCAGCGUCUGAGCUCUAGGAUGUGA